GUGUCGUCAUUCUCAUAUCCCUUCCCCACAAUGACAAAAGUCUAGUUCUGCCACAUAUUUAUGUAAUUUAAAUACUUAUUUUUAAUUAUUAUAUCAAAAUGUAUUGAGUUGGGGCUGCAGAGCCCAAGGCGCCAUUUACACAAGAACCGCCACUGAUUCGGUUUUAUUGUUUGUACUUUCAAAGACCUGUUAUGGUGUCAACAGUUAUUAUCGUAAUCACUAUCAAUAAUAUGCAGAUCAUUCAAAGGUAUCUGUCCUUUUAAACUUGACGUACGGACGUUCCAGUUCACUUCUACGUCACGCCACGUACGUUCCAAAGCUGACGUAGCGGAGCGUGCUGAGGUCCUGAUAAAUCCUUCAUGAACAGCGAUGCUGUUGAGGCUUUCCGUCACUGGAGGCGUCAUUUCCCCGCUUUCGCUUCGCCUCUGGUGGGUGGUGGGCUGAGCUCCAGCCACACCCUCUUGUUGUUGUUGUCCCGGGAGAUCCACUGCUGGUUCCGCGGCUCCAGGCGUCUCCCUCUCCCCGGCAGCUGGCCCCGCCGGCCGCGUGCAUGCAGCAGAAUGGCUCGAGCGGCUCCAUCGGCUCUGACGGCGGCAGGGAGCGGCAGGCUCUGUCCUUCAGCCCGCUGCCCGCCGCUACUACACGGGUGAGGCGGUUCAUUCAGGAGCGACAGAGGACGCUGCCGCUGCCCAAAGUGAUGGUGGUAUUCUCGGCCGCUGGCGACGCGGACAAACCGAGCGAUGCCAUGUCCAGCUCGGACCCAACGGAGGAGGGCGACGGCGUCCGGAAGCCGCCGGCCUCCCCCUCCCCGAAGCACCGCGCAACGAGCAAGCCGCUUCGCGCCGCGCUGACCACCCCGGAGCCGCAGGAGUUUCCGGAGGUGAUCUCCCUGAACGUGGGGGGGACGCUCUUCACCACGCGCCUGUCCACGCUGCGGCGCUACGACGACACCAUGCUGGCCGCCAUGUUCAGCGGCCGCCAUUACAUUCCGCGGGACGCCGAGGGCCGCUACUUCAUCGACCGGGACGGCGCUUACUUUGGGGACAUCCUGAAUUUCCUGCGGGAAGGCGAGCUGCCGCAGCGGGACCGGGUCCGGUCCGUCCACCGGGAGGCGCAGUACUACGCCAUCGGGCCGCUGCUGGACCGCCUGGAGGACACGCAGCCUCUGACCGGGGAGAAGGUCAGGCAGGCCUUCCUCGACCUGCUGCCCUACUACAGAGACAAUCUGGAGCGCAUCGUGGAGAUCGCCAAGCUGCGGGCGAUGCAGAAGAAGGCGCGCUUCGCCAAGCUGAAGGUGUGCGUCUACAAGGAGGAGAUGCCCAUCACGCCGUACGAGCGGCCGCUCUUCAACUCGCUGCGCUUCGAGCGCGCCGACGGCGACGCCAAGCUGUUCGAGCACCACUGCGACGUGGACGUGUCGUUCGGGCCGUGGGAGGCCGUGGCCGACGUCUACGACCUGCUGCACUGCAUCGUCAGCGACCUGGCGCAGCGCGGCAUCGCCGCAGAGCAGCAGUGCAUCGGCGUCUGCGACAAGCACCUCAUCAACCACUAUUACUGCAAGAGGCCCAUCUACGAGUUCAAGAUCACCUGGUGGUGAAAGGCGGCGCGGACCGGAACCGGAACCAGAACACGGCUUUUAACUCUGUUUUCUAAUCAAACUGAAAGGAUUUUACAAUGUGACCCUUUAAAUCUGCUUCCUGUGGUUUAAACGCAGCGCCUUCAUCAUGAACGCAUCAGAAACAUUUAGACGGUGUUGGGCCAGACGGUGGCGCUUCUUAAUAAAAUGAUUAGCAGAUUAAAACCAUAAUAAAGUCGGAAAAUGACCAGAAAAGUUUUUUAAUCUUGGAUCAGCAGCAACGUUCUGCUACCAACGAUAAUCUGAUGCGGAUAUUUCAUCUCUGUAAACCAAAACAUCUCAACAUUCCUCAUUUAAAUGUUCUUCAUUUUUAGGGUUAGAAAACGGCUUCAUUCCAAUAAUAAUUUGACUUUAUUGUCAUUUUCUGGUAUUUUACGAUUUUAUUCUGGCAUCUGGCUCCAACACUCCGUUUCACACAAACCCAAACAUUUCAAUGUUUUCAGUUCAUCUCUGGAUCUGUUUCUGUUCAGUCGGGUCCAAAUUACUACAGAUGACAUGAAACCCAAACCAAGUUAACUCCAGUUAAACAUCUGGUGGUAUCGUAGAUCCUCCUGCAUGAGCGGAACCAGGCGGUUCUGCUGGAACCAGACGUGGAACCAGGCGGUUCUGCUGGAACCAGGCGGUUCUGCUGGAACCAGACGUGGAACCAGACGGUUCUGCUGGAACCGAAACAGGAGAUGUAUCUGAUGAUCCUGCCAACACCCAGCCAGGAAUCUUUUCUCCUGGAGGAAACUUUAAUUUGACAGCAUCUGUUUCCAUUCAGGCCCAAACUGCAGCUCGUUUUUACCCAACAAACCGACCAGCUAUGCAAAUGCAGCAGAAUUAAACUGAUGUUUGUGUUGACGAUGGCGGAUCCGUAGUUUUCACGUUUCGUGAAGCCACAUCGCCUUCGGUCCGUUUUUCAGCAGUUAUUUUCCGUCGGCAUCAGAUUCGUUGGUUUCCGUUUGGAGGGGUAACCAUGGAAACGUGCAGCCGUCUGAUUGGACGCUCCACCAGGAAGCCAGACGCUUCCUGUACUGAUCAAUGGAUGGAAUGAAGCGGGAUCGAUAACGAUCCAUCGGCAGCUUUGUGUUCUGAUCACAGCUAAUAAUCGCGUUGCUGUAGUGACGUGAUAUUUUCCUCUAGGCUGUGUGUCAGGUGAACUGAGAUAUAUUUUCUUUACGCGUCGCUGAAGGAGCGUCGGGAAAGGUCAAGGUUCAGCAGAGGUCAAGGUUCAGCAGAGGUCAAGGUUCAGCAGAGGUCAAGGUUCAGCAGAGGUCAAGGUUCAGCAGAGGUCGGCGUGUUUUUGUUUCAUGGGUCACUAAAAUAAGGAGAUUCUCUGUUUUAAGGGAUUACAUUGCUGGACAUUUGGCAGCGGUGAAUUUUGCAGCCACUGUAGAAGUUUAUUAGAAAAUAGCGCCACCUUCAGGGAGAAUUUUAGACUUUUUAGCAUUUGUCAUUUCCAUCACUUGAGUCCUGCUGUACUUGACUGAGCACCAUGUGAUUGUAACAGAAACGUCAUCGUGUUAAAAUGAGAAUCACCUCAUCAGAUCUGAUUAAUUUGCCAUAACGCUGAAGAUCCACAUCCUGUCCCUGAAACAUGACUAAUCUUUAUGACUUCCAGUGUUUUUAAUGUUUUUAUAUCGCGGUUUGUUUGUUUUAGCUUCUAGGAAGCUCCAGAUCUCUAGUUGUCUUUUAUUUGUCUGUAUUUAAUAAAUGAAAACAUAAUUUUUAUGUUGUGGUAAAAUAAAACUGUUAAACUGCAA